AUGGAAGCAGUUCAGAAGACCAUUGAAGAUCUUGCGGUCGUCCUUAAAAACGGCAUGGCGGAAUUCCGUAAGGAUCUGCAGGAUGCUACUGCUCUUUCCACCACAGCCAACCCAACUUCACGACUAGUCGAGCUAUUGUCUAAGUGUCAUGACCAAGAAGAGAUGCGCAGCCGCAGGAAGAUGUUGUUGGUUCACGGGGUUGCUGAGGAUAACAAGGAAGAUACCUCUGCUGUAUUCGCAAAAGUGAUCACCGAACAUCUUAGUGUCACUGUUGAGGAUCUUCAAAUAAGUCGUUGCCAUCGUUUGGGUCAGGCUAAGAAAGAUACUCCUAGGCCUAUAUUGGUGAAACUCCGGGAUGUUCACUUGAGAGAUAGCAUAUGGUACAGUAAAACUCAACUGAAGGGUACAGGUAUAACUAUAUCAGAAUUCCUUAAUAAAGUCAGGCAUGACACCUUUAUGGAGGCAAGAAAGUUAUUUGGUAUCUCUAAGUGCUGGACAAGGAAUGGCACCAUUCACAUUAUUGCUCCUGAUGGCACCCGGUACCAAGUGAAUUCUAUGGCUGAGUUGAAAGCUAUUCCUCUUCCCUCUUCUGCAGCAACUGUUAAACAACCUAGUAAUAUGACUGUCUCUAGGGACAACAAACGUCCCAAAAGGUUAAUCAAAAGGCCAAUAGUUUAA